AUGUCAUUCUGGCCAUUUGGACAGAAUCUAAAUCAUUCUAAUAUUAAUAAGAUUCUAGACGAGUAUUUCCAUGUACUGCACGAACUGGAGAGGAUAAAUCCGAGCGUUGGGAAAGCCAUACCCGCUAUCUUCAAUAACGUUCAGCAGCGAGGUACGAAUGACUCCCUGGAUUCUAUUCCGGAGGAGUAUAGCCAUAGCGAUGAAGUAAAGGGAGCAGGUGGCGAUCAAAAAAAGAGAUUUGAGAAGGACGAGCAGCAAGAACGCUAUGAGAAGGAGGAAGAAGAAAGGAGCAUGAACUCUAACGAUUCUUCUUCCACAUCGUUCUCUUCUGGGUCGACGUCCAAAACAGAUUUGGAUGAGGAGGACAUUAGCAGCGCCACUGCUCCCAUGAUGGUCACCACAAGGAGCUUGGACGACUCCUUCAUUGAAAGGAUGCUUGUUGAGACGGAGCUGCUGAAUGAACUAUCAAGACAAAACAAGACGCUGCUCGAUUUCAUUUGUUUUGGGUUUUUCUUUGAUAGGAAAACCAAUAAAAAAGUAAAUAACAUGGAGUACCUAGUUGACCAACUGAUGGAAUGCAUUUCGAAGAUCCAGACUGCCACCACGGUAGACCUCAACAAUCUGAUAGACUACCAAGAACAACAACAGCUUGACGAUAGCUCACAAGAAGACGUCUACGUGGAGUCUGACACGGAACAAGAGGAGGAAAGAGAGGAUGAUAAUGACAGCAGCAACAAUAAGAGACGAAAACGCGGGAGUCCUUCGUUCGACAACGAUGACAACGAGGAUGAUGCGAACGACAGCGAUGAAUCUGUUUAUUUGACGAAGGCCACUAUAAUAUCUGAAAUAUUUUCUUUAGAUAUAUGGUUGAUUAGUGAAUCGUUAGUGAAAAACCAAUCGUACCUAAACAAAAUUUGGUCUAUUAUCAAUCAGUCGAACUUUAAUUCCGAAAAUUCCCCCUUGGUACCGAUAUUCUUGAAGAUAAAUCAAAAUCUGCUGUUAACGAGGCAGGAUCAAUACUUGAAUUUCAUUCGAACAGAGAAGAACUUUGUGGAUAAUAUGUUAAAACAUGUGGAUAUUUCAUUAUUAAUGGACUUUUUCCUAAAGAUAAUAUCCACAGAUAAGAUCGAGUCGCCCACGGGAAUAGUCGAACUGGUAUACGACCAAAACCUAAUCAGCAAGUGUUUGAGCUUUCUAAAUAACAAGGAGUCAUCGGCAGACGUCCAGGCCUGUGUAGGUGACUUCUUAAAGGCUCUGAUUGCUAUUUCCGCCAAUGCGCCCCUGGAUGAUAUUUCAAUUGGACCAAAUUCUUUAACUAGACAGUUGGCAUCUCCUGAAUCCAUCGCAAAAUUAGUCGAUAUUAUGAUCAACCAAAGGGGCGCCGCAUUAAAUACCACAGUUUCGAUCGUUAUUGAACUGAUAAGGAAGAACAAUUCGGAUUAUGACCAAGUCAAUCUUUUAACAACCACUAUCAAGACACAUCCACCUUCAAAUAGAGAUCCAAUAUAUUUGGGUUAUCUUCUCCGUGAAUUUUCCGACCAUCUGUCGGAUUUUUUCCAGAUCAUUUUAGACAUUGAAAACGAUCCCAACAUUUCCUUACAUGAAAACCAGCUACACGAAAAGUUCAAACCUUUAGGGUUUGAAAGGUUUAAGGUUGUAGAAUUAAUUGCUGAAUUGCUUCAUUGCUCCAACAUGGGGUUAAUGAAUUCCAAAAGGGCUGAGAGAAUUGCUAAAAGGAGAGACAAAGUAAGAGGCCAACUAUCCCAUCAUUUACAAGACGCAUUGAACGAUUUAAGUAUCGAAGAAAAGGAACAGCUCAAGGCAAAGCACUCUCCAACGCAUAACACCAGUGACGACUUAAUAAAUACUAAUACUAAUACUAAUAAUAAUGACAAUAAUGAUAACGCUGAUGAAAGCGAUUACGGCGAUGAAAUAGAUGAAAGCUUUGAAAUUCCAUACAUCAACAUGAACCAAAAUACAAAAUUAAGGAACAACCCGACUGUGGGGGAUUUGUUCAAAAUCAAACUGUACGAUACUCGAAUUGUUUCCAAGAUAAUGGAACUGUUUUUAACACAUCCUUGGAACAAUUUUUGGCAUAAUGUUAUAUUCGAUAUAAUUCAACAGAUCUUUAAUGGUAGGAUGGAUUUUUCUUAUAAUUCAUUUCUGGUUCUGUCUCUAUUCAACUUAAAGAGCUCAUACCAAUUUAUGACUGAGAUUAUCAUCCCUAAUGAAGAAGGAACUAAUGCUUAUAAAUUUACUCCUGUUAUCGAAGAUUCCAAUUUCAAUUUCAAGAUAACUACGGAUUUCAUACUGAAAGGCUAUCAGGACUCUUAUAAAUUUUAUGAACUGAGGAAAAUGAAUUUGGGGUAUAUGGGCCAUAUUGUUUUGAUCGCUGAGGAAGUAGUCAAGUUUUCCAAACUUUACAAAGUGGAAUUGAUCUCGCCUGAUAUUCAAGAAAUUUUACAGGCCGAGGAGUGGCAGUACUACUCUGAAGAAGUACUGAACGAAACAAGAAUGAUGUACUCAAAGAUUCUUGGCGGUGGAAGCUACAUUGAUGAUGGUAACGGUAAUAUCAUUCCCCAACUGCCUGAUGAUAGCACGGUAUUAACUUCCAAUGGAGAUGGAAAUCAUGACAAUGAAAUGUUUGAUUCAGAGAUUGGGAAUGAAAGCGGAACUAAUGGUGGUGGCCAAUUGAUUAACGUUGAAUCUUUAGAGGAACAAUUGUCUUUAUCCACAGAAUCUGAUUUGCACAACAAGUUAAGAGAGAUGCUAAUCAAUAGGGCUCAAGAAGACGUUGAUAACAAGAAUAUGGAAAAUGGAGUUUUCAUAUUGGGACCACCAGACGACAAAAGCAACAAUACUAAUACUAAUAUUAAUAAUAACAACAACCAUAACAAUAGUAAUAACGAUAAUAAUGAUAAUGACAAUGACAAUACUCGUAAUUAUGAUGAAAAUGCUGAUAAUGAUAAUGAUUGUGAUCAUGAAUGA